CACAGAGGCCGCUUCCGGUUGGUGAGGACACGUCACUGAUAGAAGUGAAGAAGAGAAGCCGUUCUAACCCCCUUCAGCAUCUUUUUAAAUCGAAGAAUCAUGUCGAACUCAGUCGUGUCUGUUAUUUCCCGGUUUCUGGAGGAGUACACCACCACGACGCCUAAUAAGCUGAAAGUGGUGGACGCUUAUCUGCUCUAUAUCCUGCUAACCGGAGCGAUGCAGUUUCUCUACUGUCUCCUCGUUGGUACCUUUCCAUUCAACAGCUUUUUGUCGGGCUUCAUCUCCAGCGUGGGCUCUUUUAUUCUUGGAGUGUGUCUGCGUAUUCAGAUCAACCCUCAGAACAAAGGGGACUUCCUGUCCAUUUCUCCAGAGCGGGCCUUCGCUGACUUCCUGUUCGCUCACACCGUUUUGCAUCUCGUCGUGAUGAACUUCAUCGGCUGAAGUGAAUGAGAAUCUAAUUCACAGUGCCCCUUCCUGAAGAACACGUCAUCGAAUUUCUUCUCAGACGAUAUAUAGUACAUCAGCUCUUCAGGGUCUGAUCUGGACAACAACCUCCCAGCGUCAACACUGAAUGAGAUGCAAUGUCUUACAUUUGAUGCAGUACAAUUUUCUUGAUGAAAUUAUUAAUUUGUUAUGUUGACAUUUGUAGAGCAUUCCCUUUUUGCACUGACAGAAAUAAAACAGAAGAAAUUGUG